AUGACAUGGGAAAAGGAGAUGCAGCGAAACCGAAAACCGUGGCGGGGAAUCCUGCUGUUCGGCCCACCGGGUACGGGAAAGUCCUUCAUCGCCAAGGCCGUCGCAACCGAGGCCGGCAACUCGACGUUCUUCUCGAUUUCCUCCUCGGAUCUGAUGAGCAAAUGGCUGGGUGAAUCAGAAAAACUCGUCAAAAACCUUUUCGAACUCGCGCGCCACAACAAGCCCAGCAUCAUCUUCAUCGACGAGAGCGCGAGACGUGUGAAAACGGAGUUCAUGGUCCAGAUGCAGGGAGUCGGGUUGAACAAUGACGGGAUUCUGGUCCUCGGCGCGACGAACAUCCCCUGGAUUCUUGACGCGGCCAUCAGGAGACGUUUCGAAAAACGCAUCUACAUUUCACUCCCCGAUCUUCACGGCCGCAAGGAGAUGUUCAAGCUUGAGGUCGGGAAGAAUAGGAACAAUCUCAGCGAUGGAGACUACAGGUUGUUAGCCGAGAAAACGGACGGGUUCUCCGGCUACGAUAUCAACAUACUGGUGAAAGACGCGCUGAUGCAGCCGAUUCGACGGGUACAAACGGCCACGCAUUUCAAGUACGUCAGCGGCCCCGACUCGAACAACCCCGCCGUGACCGUGCACGACUUGCUCACCCCCUGCUCGCCCGGUGACCCGCAGGCGAUGGCCAAGAGCUGGAUGGACAUUCCGCAGGGCAAGAUUGCCGAGCCGCUCCUGACUAUGGGUGACCUGCAACGAUCGCUGACCACGGUGAAGCCGACGGUCAACCGGGACGAUCUCUCCCGCCUUGAGGGCUUCGCACGCGACUUUGGCCAAGAGGGC